GGAUGAAGCUGUGAGAGAGGCUGUGAGGGUGAAUCUGCAGGUGGCUCUCAAGUGGCAAGCGCGGGCGGAGGAGGGAAGACGGAAGGUUGAGAGGAAGAGGCAGGAGAGGGAGGAGAGAGAGAGGCUGAAGGCUGAGAGGGCGGCCAGGAAGGAGGCGAAGGAGGUUCAGAAGCAGCAGAGGCUGGAACGGCGGGCGCAGAAGGAACAAGAGAGGAAGGAAAGGGCGGCUAAGUGUGAAGAAAAGAAGGUGCAAAAAGAGCAGAAGAGGUGUGAGCGAGAACUGCUGCUUCAGAGAAGCAAGGAGCAGCAGAAGGUUCAGCUCCUGGCUGAUUUUCGUACUUGUGGUGCCAUGGAUAUCGCUCCUGCUGCCCCCGCUGCUGCUGCAGAAGCUGCAGCCUUGGGUGCUGCUCCGAAGGCCGCACUGAUGGAUCUGAAUGAGAUGUGCGAUGAUGAGGGAGAUCUUUCUUCUUUGGGGGCAGUGACUGCUGAGGCAGCUGUGAGCGGUGCGGAGAAGCCCCGGGAUAAGGGCGCGGCGUUGAGACCAACAGAGGAGCGAAGUGCAGAGCUGGAAAUCAAGAAAGAAGCAGGGACGAUAGUUGGGGGGGUCAAGGAGGAGGUCUCUGGAACAGGUUCAGCAUCGCAGAGCAAGGAAUACCAGUCCUUUGCACACAAUGUUGCUGCGUCUGGAUUUUCCUGGGAAGUGUUCAAGCUACCACGGCCUGUCACGCUCCCCUCAAAUGGUGCCACGCUUCCCUCUGCUGCUGUGAUCAUGCCUUCUUUCGGCUCGGGUCAAACCUUCCAGCAGCAGCAACCACAGCAGCAGCAGUUGCAACAGCAACCACAGCAGCAGCAGGCACAGCAGCAGCAGCAGUGGCACCUGGGCCAACAACCGCAGCAGCAGCAGCAGCAUCAGGUGUUUAGACCCAGCCAAGAUAUGGGUGGGAUGCAGCAGUUAAGUCAUGCAGGGUCUGGGGCAGAAAAGAGGAAGUGGGAGGCCAACGGGGUCUCGGGCAGGUUAAAUGUUACCACCGGCGCCUACCACAUGGCAGCUGCUUGCAGGAAUGGCAUGAGGGAAGCCGCACCUGAGGCUGCUUGGAAGACACGUGCAUCUUCCGCAGCAGCUAACCCAGCACAAAGCAACCCAGCACUGAACAAGUCAGCACCAGCUAGCCCAGCACCAGCCAACCCAGCACCGGCCUACCCAGCACCGGCCUACCCCUCAUCAUCUGGUGCCAGCAUGACGCCGAAACGCAGAGUAUUGCUGGACCUGGAAAUGCCAGCCUGUGAGCUCUCCGAAACGGGGAGUGGGGGAAACAUGCCUCUGGGAGCGAGCACUCCCUGUGGAGGUAACAAUCCUGGUGGAGGUAACACGCCUUAUGGAGGGGCGAUGCCUGGUGGGAUGAAUGCUCCUUAUGGAGGGAGCACGUUUCCGGGGGGGGACAGUCACAGUUUUUACGGAGGUGGUAGUGCAGCCCUGGGGCAUGCAGCACUGGGGCAGGAGGCUGGACAAAGGGCACAGCAACCAGAGAUCACCUCGGAUCAGGCUGCUGAGCAUGUGGUGAAUGCAUUUCACGUGGUGCCUCGCAAUGCCGGAGGCAGGGAUGCAGGGUCGGACCGAAACUGCCUUCCUGACCUCAAUGAUUGGCUGACUGCCUCCUGACUGACAGCAUGGUAGCUGGCGGCGAAACGUAUGGAUGAGCAACUGCUCCAUGCUGCUGCUUAGGGAAGGUUGACCGAGCAUUCCUAGAUCAAUAGGUUUGAUCUUGUAAUUAGGGCCCCCAGUCAGUCACCUACCUACCAGGUUCAAGAUGUGAUGGAAAAAUCUUGCAAGAUGGUUGGUUGACCUUCUGCAGUACCAGUAAUUCAGGCAAGGAU